AUGUUGACGCCAAUACUGAAUUGGUCAACAACAGUCCGCAAAAACAAUGCCGGUGUGAUCAUAAAGUAUUGGGGUAUGCUCAUGUUUACCGCUAUGAUUGCUGUCUUAUCCAAGGUUUUAACGCUCAGAGUCUUGCCCUUUAUGACGUCCGGCUCUGCGUCGUGUAUUCUCGAUCCAAAGAUCAAUUGUACCAUCGACGAGAUCAUCGAGCCUAAUGGAACAUAUAAGGCAACCCCAGAGUAUGGGUCCAAGAGGAUGUCUCUCCAAUACUCCGAGAAAUGCAAUUGCAACAGUAAUUGUGGCUCGAUCGAUUUGUUUGUUCCGUUUCGCAAAAGUACGAAUAUGCAAGCCUAUCUCGUACGCGAUCAUAUCACCAAGAUUCUACGCAAAGAAGAAGCUUAUUGGGUUUAUCUCAUCAACAUCUUGUGCUUAUUAGCUAUCAUUGGGCAGGGCAUUUUUGGCCUGGUCGUGGGUAGAUGGCAUCCGGCAGUCGUACGAAACUGGAUUUUUCGACUACUUAGUGGCGCCCAAGAGCGGCCACGUCGGUCAACAUUCCUUUGGAAAUGUCGAUAUUACAUAAGCAAAAUUACCGCCGGGAUCAUAUAUAUGGGUGCUAUCGGCGUGGCCAUCAUUUCCCCCCUCAUUUUCAUCAGCUCCGUCAUCCUCAACGAAUUCAUCGUACAUCGCUAUCCUGAGGGUGAGCGCUACGAUGCAGUUGGUCAGUGGUCAACCUGGGUUGGAGCCGGCGCUGUGGUUCUUGCCGCUGUUAUCAGACAAUACCAUAGUGCCUGGGUACACUCUGCAGAACUCGGGCUCUCAACAAUCAUUCGCAUCGUCAAAUGGAUCUUCGGUAAGGCAGAACUAAGAGCGGAGCCUGCACGAGCGGAGCGAAACAAGAACAAUAGUGCAAUUGAGGACCUCAAGGGGUUUUUCAAGCAGUGUAUGAGACCGUUGAAGCAUGUCUGGAGGAGUAUGUGUAAUGCCUGCCACAGAAUUGUUUUGGAAUGGAGAGAUUUCAAGGCCUGGCACAAGGAUCCGUUCGAGAGAUUGCAGCAGCCUCCAAUGCACAAAGACAUUCAAACGGAUUCAGGCGGAGAUGUCGAGCCUGAGUUCCAGGACAAAAAAAAUUCCGCUUAA